UUGGCUGCACUCAGAGCGUCUCAGCUCUCAGAAUGGCAGCGCCGGCCCUUUGUUCUCUCUGACAUACAGUUUCCUGAGGAGCUGCCGCCAGUCACUCGACGUGCACCAUCAACAACAACAUGGCCAUACGAAGAAAAGACAGCUUCCUCUGGGGAAAAGCAGAGAGAAAGCAGGGUGAAACCAUCAAGACUCACAAGUUUGAGCUCCUGGAUGACAUUCAGAAGCUGAGGUUGGAGAUCAGUCACGUCAUCCCUGAAACCCCAAACCAUCAACCCAACCAGGAGAAUAAAAAUGUAGUGAGGAACAGGAGAUUCCUGCGUGGGAAAAAGAAAUUUAACAUGGACCCAAAAAAGGGCAUCAAGUAUCUGGUUGAAAAUAACCUGCUGGAAUGGCGAGCAGAGCCGGUGGCUGAGUUUCUGUACAAAGAGGAAGGGCUGAACAAGACUGCCAUAGGCAACCUGUUAGGGGAGAGGGAGGAAAUGCAUCUGGAGAUACUGAAAGCCUUUGUGGCUCUGCAUGAGUUCUCAGACCUGAAUCUGGUGCAAGCACUGAGGCAGUUUCUGUGGAGCUUUCGCCUCCCAGGAGAAGCUCAGAAGAUUGACAGGAUGAUGGAGGCAUUUGCAAGUCGUUACUGUGACUGUAACCCUGGGGUGUUCCAGUCCACGGACACGUGUUACAUCCUGUCAUUCGCGAUCAUCAUGCUGAACACCAGUCUCCACAACCCCAACGUGAAGGACAAACCCAGUCUGCAGCGCUUCGUGUCCAUGAACAGAGGCAUCAACAAUGGAGACGACCUGCCCGUCGAACUGCUCACGAAACUGUACGCAAGCAUCAGAAGUGAGCCUUUCAAAAUCCCAGAGGAUGAUGGGAAUGACCUCACUCUGACGUUUUUUAACCCGGACAGAGAGGGAUGGCUUCUGAAAAUAGGUGGAAGAGUUAAAACAUGGAAGAGGAGGUGGUUCAUCCUGACCGACAGCUGCCUCUAUUACUUUGAAUACACCACAGAUAAAGAUCCGAUUGGGAUUAUCCCUCUGGAGAACCUAUGUGUCAGGGAGCUCCAGGACUCCAGUAAACCGUAUUGUCUGGAGUUGUACAACCCCCAAGGACAAAAGAUAAAGGCCUGUAAGAUGGAGAAUACAGGCCGAGUGGUGCAGGGUAAACACCAGUCAUAUAAGCUGAGCGCCGCCAGCGCAGACGAGCGAGACGAUUGGAUAGAAGCCAUCAGGGCCAGUGUCACCAAAGACCCAUUUUAUGACCUGGUAUAUCUACGAAAGAGGAAGGUCAUCAGCAACACUUCCUCUUGAACCUCAGUGAAUCCAAACCUAAACAAAAGCUAAUCGUCAAACCACACAGUUUUGACACCAGAGGAGGAACUGAAACUCCAUGAAAAAUGAAUAGGCCAAACUUUCUGUGUCUUCACUACGACUCUGAUGUUUCAACCGAAAAUGUCACUUCAAUGGGAGAAAACACACCGGCACUUUGUCAAACCUGAAAGGGUUCAUUAACAGCUAGUACUGAUUUAAAUUAAUCCAUUGUAUUGAUACUUAAUAUUUGGUUAAAAAAAUUGUAAAUACUGAUAAAAUGUACAUUAUAUUUUAUUUAGCUGUAAAUUACUUCAUGUAUAAUUUAAUGACUUUAUCAAACAAACAACUGAACUUGUAAAAUAAACAGAUUUAUGUUGAAAGUACUUGUUUUGUCCAGCAGAUGGCGCUCCUUCCUUACUCUACAUCACCCACAUCAGUCUUUGGGUUCUUUUAUUGAAACUCUGUGAAUGUUUUAAGGUUUUUUUUUUUACUGUGAAAAGUCUCAUAAACUAAGACCAUACUCAGACAUUAACACUCUGAAUCUUGUCAAAUCGGUCGUAUCUUGUGUUUUCCUGCUGUGUUUCCUGUUGUGUCUAUGAUUUUCUGAUACUGAGCUGUGGUCGUGAGGUUAACGUUUCCUUGGAGAGAACAAACCAAAAAGCAAAUAAGAAAACAUGUUAUUUUUACACAGUUUAUUUCCCACAGUACGUUCAUGUCUUUAGUAUGUAGACUGAAGGAAGCUUCAUAUGAGGAACCUUAAAAUAAACUUAACAUAGAAACCAGAUAGAGGAUU